AUGACAGGAUCGUCGUCUCCAGAUCCUAUCUCAUUCUCGCUAGUACCGGCAACCAACGACAAUUCCAUAGCAGCACUCCCCCCUCCGUCUGGUUUAUCUCAGGAAGCCCCGCGGCGCUGGAUUUUCUCCGGUGUUGAACUCCCUACCUUACCGCCGCAGGAGAAAGCCAAGUACCGCGGUCCGACACGGACGCCCGUCGAAGCGUUUGAAGGCAGAGAUCAACCAGAAUAUAUCAUCGACGAAGAUCGAGACGACGGCGUGCUCUCUUACCAUGUGCUGCAUGGCGACGAGACCGUGCAUAGGUAUCCUGCAAAGAAGAUGACUCUUCUAUACCCCAAGCUUGUGAAUGAGUAUUUGGCGAAGAAAGCUUCAGGGUCGCUUACACGCUUCAAUGCAUACUCCGAUACUUCAUCUCGCGGCACACGUGCAAAACGAAGGAAUCCGACUUCGCAGAGGCAAUCCAACGGUCGAUGGUCUCUUAGUCAGUCAUCAAGCGAGGGACAGUCUUUGUCGGAGUCCGAGAUCGACAGCGGCGAUAACUUCCUGGACUUUCAUGGUGAUCUCCCCAGCCGCAGGAACACACGCAAUGCAUCCAACAAAAAGACUCUGCCUUUCAGUCCUAAGAAGACUCGUGCAACUAGAGUCUAUGCCGUUCCUGACUCCGACUUCGAUGACGAUUCCGAUGCUACCGCCCCGCGGUAUCAAGUUACAUUACGAACUUCCGCUUCUUCCAAGAGGUCUUCCAGGACGGAAGAUGGCACAGAUGAAGAGGAACUCAAUUCGGCCUACCAGGAACCCCGUUUGCAUCUGAGGAAACAAAUUCCGAAGCCGGCUCGGCCUGCGUACGGCUGCGUGCGUCCCGUUGAGGCGCUUGAUUAUGAUUCCGAUGAAGACACGGCCCGUCUGAGAGCCCAUCGCGACACCUGUGAGAAAUGCCGGGAGCGUCCAGCCCAUGUCCAGUUGUUGCGCAAGAAAAGGGGUAAAAGGGCGAGGCAAGACGAGUUCGAGGAAGACGAAGAAGAGCAUAUCAACUCUCUUGGCGGUUGGGUUCGAUGCUUGAGGUGUCCGGUAGCAGCUCAUUGGAAUUGCUUAGCGUCUACUCAACGCAGCGAUAUUCUCAAGGCUGCGCGCGAGCGCGACCAGGCUCUACCUCUCGGAAGCCGAGGCGACAUGACGCGGCGAAACGAUCUUGAUGUUCUGGAAACCACUGAAUUUGUCUGCGGUGCCUGUACCCGGGGUGGCUUUUGUAUUGGCUGCCUAGAGAGAGUGGAUAGUCCGUGUGUUUCCCAACAGGAGCACUCCCCGGGUUCCAAGGCAUCCGUCGGAGGGGGCCCCGACGGUGAUGUCAAGAUGGCCAACGAUGCGAAGCAGGAUGACUUGCACCAAAAAGAGCUGCUUUUCAGGUGCCUGACUUGCAAGCGUCCUGCUCAUUAUAUUCAUCUACCAGCACCACCGGAAGGCGCACAUGACGAUCCCGUGUCCUAUGCCCUCUACUACCAACGCGAGACCAAGUGGCUAUGUCACGAUUGCUCUUCGUUCACGUUCGCCCUCGACAAGAUUUUGGCUUGGAGGCCAUAUCCAGUGAACGCGCUGCAGCCACCUGCUGACUCCUCCAAUUACAAGUCCCAGUUACCGCGGGAGUACCUUGUCAAAUGGGUCGACCGAAGCUACCGGAGGACAUCCUGGGUUCCUCAUAUGUGGCUUCUCUCUACAAGUCCCGCGAAGCUGAAAAACUUCCUCGCCGGAGGCACUAAGGUCAAGCUGCUCGAUGAACCCGUGCCCGAGAAUGCUAUGCAACCAAGCAAUGUUCCUCCGGAUGAUAAUCUCGCUACCGUUGAGAGUAUUUCCCGAGACUCGUCCGUGCCGGGUGUACCCGAGGACUCUUCGCUGAACACUGCAACUACCGCUUUGAUAGAUGCUGAAAGGAGGAUUCCUCCUUCAUGGAAAACAGUGGAUCGCGUACUCGAAGUACUGCUCUGGGCGCCGGAGAAGAGACUCCAGAAAGCAAAAGCACCUAGAGGGAAGGGCUCAACGGCGUCGGCCAGCGUCAGCAACGAUUACGUCGCUGAACUGUCGUCAGAGCUUGAGCAGCAACGAUUUGCUGCGUAUAAUCAAGGCGAGCAGCCUGAUGAUGAUCUCGCAGAGACCGUGGAGGAAUGGGAGAAACGCAAUAAGAGAGAACUUAGAGACGAUGACGCUCAUCUGGUCAUCUGGGCGUUCAUCAAGUGGGGCGAUCUGGGGUAUGAAGAGUCGACAUGGGACUCCCCACCGUGUCCAAACGAUGCCGACUAUCCCGCCUUCGAGGUCGCGUUCCGAAGGUUUGUAAGUGCUCGCGAAAUCAAAGUUGUGAAGAAGCGAGAUCUUCCGGAUAACCGUACCAAAAAUGAGUACAAGAAGAAAUACGCCCUUGUGGAAGGACAGCAGCCCGAUUUGGGCCAAGACGAUACUUUGAAGUUGAUGCCUUUUCAGCUGGAUGGGCUCAACUGGUUGUGUAACAAUUGGUGGAACCUUCAGCACUGCAUACUUGCGGAUGAGAUGGGUCUGGGAAAAACCGUACAGAUCGCCACUUUUCUCGGCACCUUGGUCGAAAGGUGGAAAGUCUUCCCUGCUCUGGUUGUCGUUCCGAAUUCGACGCUCACCAACUGGAUGCGGGAGUUCGAACGCUGGGCACCGAAGCUUCGGGUGGUACCGUUCUAUGGAGAGGCCAAGGCCCGCGCUGUCAUCCGAGAGUUCGAGCUGCGAGAUUCUCGGAACUAUCACGUCCUUGUGACCACUUACGAGACUCUCAAUAACCCGAAGGAUUUUAGCUCCGUCUUCAAGGGAGCAGGAAGAUGGGAAGUGCUCGUCGUUGACGAGGGGCAAAGAUUGAAGAGUGAUAGUAGCCUUAUCUUCAAGAAACUCAGGGAGCUCAAAUCCAUUCACCGAGUUCUGAUGACAGGAACACCCUUGAAUAACAAUAUGAGAGAGUUGUUCAAUCUCAUGAACUUCCUCGAUCCUACCGAAUGGCACGACCUUGCGGGUCUUGAACGAGAAUAUGCCGAACUGAACGAGAAUCUCGUCAGACAGUUGCACGAGAAACUCCGACCGUACUUCCUCCGCCGGAUGAAGUCGGAAGUACUGCCGUUGCCGCCAAAGAAUGAAGUCAUCGUCCCCGUUUCGAUGGCCCCUCUGCAGAAAGAAAUUUAUCGGUCUAUACUGAGCCAGAACCUUGAUUUGCUCCGAAGUUUGACCCAAGGGUCAAAUCCGAAUACCAGUGCUUCAGGUUUAAGAGCAAACAUGAACAAUCUGCUGAUGCAGCUACGGAAAUGUCUUCAGCAUCCGUAUCUCGUGUCGGAUGACAUUGAACCGCGGGGCCUGUCUCCUGCGGAGACGCACGAAAAGCUCAUCGACGCCAGCGCAAAAUUACGUCUACUCAGGAGCCUCUUGCCGAAGCUGUGGGCUCGUGGGCACAGAAUUCUCCUGUUCAGCCAGUUUUCGAUCGCCCUUGAUAUCGUUGAAGACUUCUUGACUGGCGAGGGCGUCAAAUACCUCCGCUUGGACGGAAACACGAAGCAAGCAGAUCGCCAGAAAAGCAUGGAUGAGUUCAAUAAAGAAGGCUCUAUCUAUUCCAUAUUUCUGCUCACCACGAGAGCUGGUGGUGUCGGCAUUAACUUAUGGAGCGCGGACACUGUCAUUGUAUUUGACCCCGAUUUCAAUCCUCAUCAGGACCUCCAAGCGAUUGCGCGCGCCUAUCGUUAUGGGCAAAAGAAGACUUGCUUGGUGUUUAAACUUAUGGUAAAGGAUUCUGCCGAAGAGCGAAUCAUGCAGACGGGAAAAAAGAAGCUCGUCCUGGACCAUCUCAUCGUGCAGAAGAUGGACGACGAGGAGAACGGCGGGGAUGACGUACAAUCCAUCCUGACUUUCGGUGCCAAAGCCCUUUUCGACGGUAGCAGCGAGGAACAAGAGGCCAGGAACAUACACUAUUCGGACCAAGAUAUCGACAGACUCAUCGAGAAAACUGAGAAGGAGGGAGACGAACAAGAAGUAGACAAGAUGUCCGGUCUGCAAUUCUCCUUCGCCAAAGUCUGGGCUGCGGAUAAGGACGAACUGGAGGAAAUUGCUGAUGCGGUCAACGAAGAACCUGCCGAACAGGGCGAUUCAUGGGCACAGACUCUUCAGCGGAUCGCGGAGGAGAAAGCGCAAGCUAGCGAUACCGUAGUUACAGGACGGCGUCGAAGAGCCGCAGCGUUGGCUGCCCAGCAGCAACUCAGUGUCGCCGUCCCGCCGCCUAAGGUAACGGCCGUGCAGAAGGCAAAGGCACCUUCUGUUGCUUCUGACGAGGGUUCCGAGUUUGCCGGAUCCGCUACUCCUAACGAUGAUACGGAGAGCGAGACUGAUGAACCCUUGGAUCCGGCAGAGCUCGCACCACAUAUGAAGGGCAAGGCUGCAUUGCCCGUCGAGCGGAUGCAAGAAGACGACGUAUGCGGUCUAUGUGGCCUACAGCACGACGUCGGCGGGUGCUACAUGACAGAGAGUUCCGAGAACCUUGCCGAGUACCGUCAUAUUAUAUUGGUACAUGCCGUGGACGAGCCUCUCGAAGAACGGCGUGCAGCGAUUCGGGCGAUCGAAGAGGUCUUGUACCGGCGCGGCGCGAUCCACCUAAUCCGAGGGCAGCCAUUACACUUGCUAGAGCCGCAAUCGGCUGUGGAUUUCAGAAGGACGGCCGAUGGGCUGCAUUCGAACCCGACCGACCCACAGCCUCGUGGCAUCGCCCCUUCUGCAGUGCCCACGAAACGCACCUCAUCGCCCCCCGCAGAGGCCGCGAGGAAAAAGUUCAAGCAGGAAUGCGCUGUGUGCAACUCGACGCAGGGACAUCUCAUCAAGGAUUGCCCUGUUGUCCAGCAGGGUCCACAGAGCGUUUCGAAGCAGAUCAAGCGACUGGAUCAGCUCCCUGGUCACUCGCACACGGUACAGGUGUUGCGCAAGAUCUUGAGCAAGCAGAUCAAGAGACGCGAGAUCGCCUCAUCCCCAUCUGGCGCGAUCGAGGUGAUAGAGUGA